GCCGCCCUAGCGCGCUGCUCCCGGCGGUUGUCGCCAUGGGCGCCGCGGCGCUGCUGUCGCUGCUGCCGGUGCUGCUGUGGCCGCCGGCGGYGGUGGCGGCGGGCGGGCCGGAGGUGCGCAGCCUGCGGGGGAGCUGGCGGCUCCGCAGCGGGAACGGCUCGGUGUCGCUCGGAGCGGAGGUGCCGGGCUGCGUUCACACCGCGCUGCUCCGCCGGGGCCUCAUCCAGGAUCCAUACUAUAGGUUUAAUGAUGUGAUGUACAGAUGGAUCUCACUGGAUAACUGGACUUACAGUAGGACAUUCAAAACUCCUUUUGACGUCAGGAAGUGGCAGAAAGUGAAUUUGGUUUUUGAGGGAGUAGAUACAGUGGCACAGAUCCUGCUCAACAAUGUCACUCUCGGGAGAACAGACAACAUGUUCAACAGAUAUAGCUUUGAUAUUACCGGUGUGAUCCAGGAGGUCAAUUUUGUUGAAGUCCGUUUCUUGUCAGCCGUUUCAUAUGCAGCUGAGCAGAGCAGAUGUCACAAAGCACACAGCAUCCCCCCGGCGUGCCCUCCACCUGUGCAGAAAGGAGAGUGCCAUGUUAAUUUUAUCAGAAAGGAGCAGUGUUCAUUUAGCUGGGAUUGGGGCCCUUCUUUUCCCACUCAAGGAAUCUGGAAAGAUGUUAGGAUUGAAGCCUAUAACCUUUAUCACCUGAUUUACUUUUCUUUAACUCCUUUCUUUGAAAAGAGUGCUCAACAGUGGCAUCUUGAAGUUGAGUCUGUUUUUGAUGUAAUCAGCUCCAAGCCAGUUGCAGGUCUUGUGACUGUGAUCAUUCCCAAAUUACAAACACAGCAAACAUUCAGUGUGAAGCUUCAACCUGGAGAAGGCAGCAUUGUGCUGCUUGUAAACAUCAACAAGAGUUCUGAAGUGGAGSCUUGGUGGCCAAAUGGACAUGGAAAGCAAACUGGAUACAACAUGACAACAACUUUUGUCAUGGAGGMAGGAUACCAGAUUGAGAAAUUUUCAAAGGUUUAUUUUCGGACAGUAGAACUUGUUCAGGAGCCUAUUCCUGGCUCACCAGGUCUGAGUUUCUACUUCAGAAUCAAUGGCCGACCCAUUUUUAUKAAGGGCUCAAACUGGAUUCCAGCAGAUUCUUUCCAGGACAGAGUGACCUAUGACACACUAAGGCUACUCUUGAAGUCUGCAGCAGAUGCUAACAUGAAUGCCCUUCGGGUUUGGGGAGGAGGAGUAUAUGAACAAGAUGAAUUUUACGAUAUCUGUGAUGAAAUAGGAAUAAUGAUUUGGCAGGAUUUUAUGUUUGCAUGUGCACUAUAUCCAACUGACCAGAAUUAUUUAGAAUCCGUAAGAGCAGAAGUUUCUCAUCAGGUACGACGUUUAAAAUCUCAUCCAUCAAUUAUUCUGUGGAGUGGUAACAAUGAAAAUGAAGCAGCAAUUGCAACCAACUGGUUCUCCAUACCUCCUGCUGACAUAGGAGUCUAUGUCCAAGAUUACAUUACACUUUAUGUGAAGAACAUACGUGAAAUAGUUCUUAGUGAAGAUAGGAGUCGUCCUUUUGUUGCAUCCAGUCCCACCAAUGGCUUGGAGUCAGUUAAAGAAGGUUGGCUUUCCCAGAAUCCUUAUGACACCCAUUAUGGUGACACACACUUUUAUGACUACAACAAUGACUGCUGGAACUGGACAAUGUAUCCUAAAACUCGAUUUGCUUCSGAAUAUGGAUUUCAAUCCUGGCCAUCCUUCAGUACAAUUGAAAAGGUUUCUUCYCCUGAGGACUGGUCCUACAAAAGCAAUUUUUCUCUCCAUCGGCAACACCAUGAAGGUGGCAAUUUUCAGAUGCUUGAAGAGGUUGGUCGUCAUUUCAAGCUUCCCCAGAGCCCAGAUCCUGUAAAGAAGUUCAAAGAUAUGAUUUACCUCACUCAGGUGAUGCAGGCUCAAUGUAUAAAGACAGAAACUGAAUUCUAUCGUUUUAGUCAAAGUGAAAUAAUCAAGGGAGAAGGACACACAAUGGGAGCUCUGUACUGGCAACUCAAUGACAUUUGGCAGGCUCCUUCAUGGGCCUCCUUGGAGUACGGUGGCAAGUGGAAACUGCUCCAUUAYUUUGCCCAGAACUUCUUUGCACCACUGCUGCCUGUGGCCUAUGAGGACAAAGGGAUGUUGCACAUUUAUGGCAUCUCAGAUCUCCAYGUGGACCACAAGCUGACUUUGAAGGUCGUUGUGCACUCCUGGAGCUCUUUGGAGCCAGUUUGCACCCUUGCCAAAGAAGGUGUGACUGUUAAAGCACAAAGUGCUGUCCCCAUCUACARCGAGUCCAUAAGUGACCUUCUGGAAAGAUGCAGGAAUUGUACCAGGAAAAGCUGUGUUCUCACUUUCUGUCUCGUGGGAGAAGAGGGGCUCCAGAGUCCUAYGAACCAUCACUUCCUUUCAUCACUAAAGGAUGCUGUGGGAUUAGAAAAGACCCAUCUUAGUGCCUCUGUAUCCAAACAAGAUGACAUUUAUGUAUUUGUUCUUCAGACAACUGCAAUUGCUCCUUUUGUUUCUCUGGAUGUAGGGAAUAUAAAAGGCAGAUUUAGUGAUAAUGGUUUCCUCAUGACUGAAGAGAAGAAAAUGGUUGUAUUUUAUCCUUGGGAACCUACCAGUGUUGAGGAACUAAAAAGUUCACUAAUACUGACCUCUCUGCUGGACAUUGUCUGAGAAUACUUCAUUUCUCUCUAGAUAAAGAGUGAAACAGAAGGAGAAAAAAAAAAAAUAGAAGAAUUUGACUUAUGUUGAAGUACCAUGCACUUUGAGCUGGCUGAAGAACUKUCUGUUCCUGUCAUGUGAAUUUUAACUGCUGGUUCAAUAUAAAGAUACCAACAACAAAGUUUACAUAGAAUAUAUGUGGUGUAUUGAAAGCACAGCCAUGUUUUUUUCUAGUUUCACUAUGCUGUAAGCAGCAAAUUAUUUUAGGAAUAACAGCAAGGUAUGCUGGGGGCAAGGGAGAAGGGCAGGGAGUGAAGCCAGGGCURCCUUCAGUAGGCCACCAAGCCACUCUGUUGCUAAAUAUUGGGCUUGUCUGUCAGACAUGGUUUGAAAUGCAGCUGGGAUCUUGCUGGGCUUCCACAAGGAUCCUCUCUCUGUCCAAGCCAACAUGAAUUUUCUUGUGAAGCAGAAUCAGCACCACAAGAGGUGGCAUUUGAACCAUCAUAAAAGCACCAUGUGGGUGAUAUUUGCUGGUGGUGUGGGGGUCUGGAGCACAUCUGGGGGUGCAGCUGUGUGUUCCAUUGGAAAACUCAGACUGGGGGUUGAUUUCUUGCAGUGAUCACAAUUUUAAUGGGGAGAGAUGAGCAUAUGGGCUGAUAGUUUGGUGUUAACCAAAACUGACAUACUCCUGAGYGAGAGGAUGAACUUAAAAGAUGAAAGGGAAAUGAUAAAGUUUCUUACGAAUCCUUUAUUAGUCAUCAAAACUAAUGCAGUUGCAUUGGAGGGCUUUUCUGAUUCAAAACCUGUCCUAGCUAAAAGACAGAAAAACAGCCUAUGGAUGUGUAUGUGCCAAUGUUUGUAGAUUCUGUGAAAUAAAUAGGGUAAAUUACAGACAUGGAUAACAAGAAAUGCAGGCAUUAACAAAGGAAAUUAAAAGCUUUUCUGAAAGGUAUCAUGGGCCAACAAUACCAGAAAAAUYCUUCACUUUUUUUUAUGUCCUGGAAUCAAAGAAGCAAUAGAGUUAAUAAAAGGUAAGAAUGAAAAAAUGUGAAGAAAAUAUGAUUAAUAUCUACUGCUUCAGUGUAUUAGGAAAAGGGUAACUUUGUUGAUGUCUUUCUCUUACACUGAGGGAGAAAUGUCYCUUCCAGAAACAUCUAGAUAGAAAAUGGCACUUAAUAGUGUUAAAUAAAUAAAACUGGAGGAAUCACUUGUUUAAAGACCAUCAAGAGGCCUAUCUGGAGGCCAGUGAUAUUUGCUCAUCUCAGCAUAUGAAUAAAGUUUGAGAUAYAUAGAAAAGCUGUUGGAUUGCUAGAAGCAAAAGCCAUGAAUURGGAUAACUGUGACCUUGUCUAGCCUGUCACAAUUUUUAGGCAAGAAGAAAGAAAGAAAUUAKGUGGUAGAUGAUUAAUAAGUGAUGAAGUGGCUGUGCAAAAAAUGUCUACCAGCACUGUUAGAUAGAGCAGCACUUUUUUUUUUUUUCUGUUGCUUUCUGCCAUUACCAGACUGACAUAGCAAAGUUUGGACAAYUUUUUGAAUUACUGCUACUUUUGAAGGUCACAAGCUCCCUAAGGAGUAGGUCCAUUCUUUCUCACUGGAAAGCAUUAAUUCAGCACUAGGUGCCAUUAUGAAAGAUUAGCCAUUGCUUAAGCCAGAUGCUUGAACUCAAACCAGAAUUUGAAGGGGAAGGUUAACUUCCAUUAUUGUCUUAAUAUCCUUAAUAUGUUCUUUUGGUUUCCUGGCSUUGUAGUGUAUGUGUAUUUAUAGAAGCUGUUCUCUCCCUAUGCAGCAGUGGCUUUGGUUAACCRUUUCCCCUUGGUGCUUUUGCAGUUGAGUCCUGUGCUAUUCUUGGUUCCAUUGCUCUGCCUUUGUCUCAGAUCAGGGCAGAGAUAGGAAGACAGCACUGGUACCCAGCACUCCUAUCAGCACAUCCAUUUUGCCAGGAAUCUUUUGAAGCCAGCUAAAGUUUGGACUGCGCCUUUGGCUGUUACUCUAGAAUUGCUCUGUUUCAAGAGAUGAUCAUUGAGAAAAUCCAGAAGCUGUGGAUGAUGGGAGUGACACCCAGGUUACUGAAGACUGAGCUGAGCCAAGACCACCCUGCUAACUCUCCAACUUUGUGCCACAAAGCUGCCUACAAAUUUCUUUUUGAGACAAAUACUUGAACAGCUUUAAUCUAGAAAGUGAACCCAAAAUAGGAAGUCAGCAGCAUCCAUCACCUGUGCAUGAUCUCCACAGGAGUGCCUGGCUGCAAGAGAGUUCCCUGCCCAAAAACAUUGUAGGGACCUUCACUGAAGAUGCACAGAACCCAACUGGACAUAACAUGGGUGUCCUCAUGUAAUGUUACAGUGGCCCUGCUUGAGGUCCUGUGUAACCUAAGUCAUCCUCAGUCUACCUGCCUGCAGAACACUGGGCUGUUUUUGGAGUGCUACACAAUGUGGAAGGAGAAGUUUAAUACCAAAGUCUUACUGAGAAGUUCAGGAGCCCAAACCAAUUUUGUUUAUCCAGCUAUGAGGGGGGGAAAGUCAAAAGCUACACUUGUAUAUACGUAUGAGAUAAUGUCAUGGAUGCACUGGGAAUGUGCCAGUUAUCAUUAUCAAAUGGCAGGUGUCUGCUUUUAGCAAAGGGAGACAGUAUAAUCAAUACUGUGAURCAGGCAUGCUGAUUCAAAUGGUCCAUUUUUCCUCUCUUUUCUAGGCCUAGCAAAUAUCUAUGACAAGGUCACGCUGCAGAGAAGURUUUCUGAAACCAGGUGAAGCAGGUGAAACUGUGU